AUGUCGCUCCCUAUCAACUCACUGUACAGCCUGACCUGGGGUGAUUACGGGACCUCGCUGGUGUCCGCGGUCCAGCUGCUACGGUGCCAUGGCGAUCUGGUGGACGUCACACUGGCCGCCGGUGGGCGCAGCUUUCCGGCGCACAAAAUCGUCCUCUGUGCCGCAAGUCCAUUUUUGCUGGAUUUGUUAAAGAACACACCAUGCAAGCAUCCCGUCGUUAUGCUGGCCGGCGUCAAUGCGAACGAUCUGGAGGCGCUGCUCGAGUUCGUUUACCGCGGUGAGGUGAGCGUGGACCAUUCGCAGCUUCCCUCGCUACUGCAGGCGGCCCACUGUCUCAACAUACAGGGGCUGGCACCGCAAACCGUGUCGCACAAGGAUGACAACACGACGUACACCACCUCGAUCCAGCUGCAUCCGACCUUGGUGCCGCAGAACCACGUCAAGGCGGUGAUCGACGUAUCGAACAAUGUUUGCACGGCGGAAGAACUGAUCACAACACUCGGACCCACACAAACGGUACAGGCACAAGUCAUUGAAACGAUCACCCCGGACCAGAUGUCGGAUGAAGUCACGAAGGAUGUCAUUAGCCAGUUUUUGCCCACACGCAAGCGCAAGCAGCGCACCAAGAAGACGGUCAAUCAAGGACAAGCAGGUGCGGCGACUAACAGUGCAGGCGGUACUCAGGCGGCCAAGGUUAUGAAAACGGAUGACGAUGGUACAACGAUUCAGGUGAUUGUGAACAAUGCGGAAGAAGCGACACCCGUUCCAAAGGACAUCAAGAAGGAAGCGAACGCUGACGGUACCACGGUAGACACGAAGGAAGGCAUCAUCAAAAUCAAGAGCAAAUCUCAAUCGGAACAACCGGCAACCUGCCCGAUUUGCCAGGCCGUCAUUAGACAGUCGCGGAAUCUACGUCGACAUCUGGAACUGAGACAUUUCAAGAAACCCGGCAUGAAAAAGGAACGCAUCCGCAAGAGCAAGAAAGGACAAGGUUCGAAUCCUAACCAAGCAAACGGAAGCAACGGCACAAACGCAGGCAAUGGAACGGUAACCGGUGACCAGGUCGUACAGCAGGCCCAGCAGCAAGUCGUACAGCAACAGGCCCAACAGCAACAGGUGGUACAGCAAGGACAACAGCAGACCACGAUCGACACGACCGGCACGAUAUCCGUCACCGUUUCCCAGGCUCAGGCACAACAGAUUGAACAGGCAGCCGCAAACGGACAGCAGCACGUUGUGACACAGCAUGAAAAUGCGGACGGCACCACAUCCCUUUCGAUCGCACAGGUUCAAACGCUCGAUGGUCAUCAGCUCGCAAUUGGAAAUCUCAACCAGGCCACACUGAUCCGAACCGGUGAACCGAUCGAAACGGGCAUCAUUGCAACGCACGAGCCGACGCUACGUCCCCACACGGAGCUGUUCCGCGUCGGCAACACCGUCUACACGAUAGAGGAACGUCGGACGGACACCACCAAUCGCCUAACUUAGAACGAUGCGGACGUCGACAACG